CCCCUCUUGCGUAAAUCCGUAUUACAUCCCUCUGCCACACACCAAUGGCACUGGUACUUAAAUUCGGUAUCAAAACCACUGAGUUAAAUAAAUGAACAAACUCGUCUGAUUGUUAGCUAAACUGGAAGAAAGCAUGCCUAAAAAAAUCGCCAAAUUAAGUGACUUAGGUAGAUUCUAAAACACAAAAUACGCACGGAACGGAAGAACUCGAAAAUCCCCUAUUGUAUUGCAGAAUAAAUUUGUUCAUGCAUGAUUUUUCUGAUUUCCCUUUAUUCUUUUCUCUUAAUUUUUGUAACCCUGAUUAGGAAAUUUUGUGUAAUUUGUAGAAAUUAUCAAUUGUUUACAAAGGAACUGUUUGAUGUUGGUAGCUGAAUGGCUACUUCCUGAAUUGAACUCAGGCCGUUUAUACAUUAUGUGAACAGUGUUUGACACUAAGGCACGUCUGACCGACCGAAUAUGAUAGGUCUGGUUGGCUAAAAUGUCGAUUUACUAGUCCGACUGGUCCUGUUGAAAAAUUAACAAGAAGCUUUACUUUAAACCAUAAUAUAUUUUUAAAUUAUUCUUAACCAAAAAAAUCUGUAAAGAGUUUGUGAGCAAUUUUGAACUGCAUGAUGGCAUAAUCUCUAUUUUUAGUCCUACUAAAUAAAUCGCGGUCGGAAGUGAUAUUUUACGACAUCUACUCGAUGUUAAUGUGUGUAAAGUUAUGUUUCAGAUAAAUAUAAAUUGAAUUCAUUUUCAUUUUUUAAAAACUCAGUUUAUUUGAAUAUUAUAUAUAAGAAAGUGUUGAUCAAGUUAAUAAAUUACGUUGUAAACAGCCAUUUUUCGGUGUUGACAUAUGUGAUGGAAUGUCUCUAUAUUCAAUAUGACUUAUCAUCCUCAAGGAAAGAUGUCCCAAGAGAAAAAAAGGAUAAGAAAGCGAAUGAUGAUAAACCAAAAGACUUGAAGUUUAAUGAUUUGGUGGUAGAUAUUAGCUUUCAUCCAGGUCGCGAUGUGAUUGCAGCAGGACAUAUAGGGGGAGAUGUCACUAUUCACACAUAUUCCACCACUGGAGAAAACAAUGAAUUAAUGACACUGGAACAUCACAAAAAAGCUUGCAGGGCUCUCAGAUUCUCCAAAGACGGAAUUCAUCUGUACACAGCAUCUAAAGAUAAAUCUAUACAAGUGGUAGAUCUUAAUACAGGAUCUGUUAAACAGAAGAUCAAAGCUGCCCAUAGUUCACCCAUAUACUGUUUGCAAGUAACUGGUGAAAACUUCCUCGCUUCUGGAGAUGAUGAUGGUCAUAUCAAGCUUUGGGACCUGAGAACGAAGACAGCAGUGAUGGAUAUGAAGGAGAACGAAGACUACAUCAGUGACAUGGCCAUCGAUGAUCAGCAAAAAAUGCUAUUGGCAUCAAGUGGGGAUGGAACUUUAACAGCUUUCAAUGUCAGAAGGAAAAGAAUGGAACUACAGUCAGAAUUGUUUGAUUCCGAACUUUUGUCUUUGUCAAUUGUUAAGGGUAACCAAAAAGUCCUAUGUGGAACCUCUGAGGGUGUGGUCAAUAUCUUUAAUUGGGGAGAGUGGGGGAAUAUCAGCGAUCGAUUUCCUGGCCAUCCAAUGUCUAUAGACUGUAUGGUACCCAUUACUAAAGACAUAGUCUGCACAGGCUCCAGUGAUGGCAUUGUCAGGGCAGUCCAUAUCCUCCCAAACAGAUUUCUUGGUGUGGUAGGGGAACAUGACGAAUUCCCCAUAGAAAACUUAAGUCUUUCUCAUGACAAAAUAUUCCUGGCAAGUUGUUCACAUGAUCAGACUGUAAAAUUCUGGAAAGUUGACAAUCUCAAAAGAGAGAAGGUGAAUACAAGGAAAAAGGCCAAGAAGACUAACAAACCAAAAUAUCUAGCCCCAAAGGAUGAUUUCUUUGCUGGACUUGCAGAGGGUGAGCCCAAAGACAAUGAAAAGAAUGAAGACUCAGAUGAGGAUGAUGAUAAUGAUGAUGACGAUGAUGAUGAUGAUGAAUAAAUUAAACACCGAAUUAUUAAAA